AGACACUCCUCUCUAAGAGGGAGUUUUAGUAUCUUAUUCUGCGACUAGAGUAGUUGUUGUUGUGACACCAACACAGUGGCGAUGGGGUUGAGUGUAACUUUAAAGUGGCUUGUUUUGGCCCACGUGCUGGCUGCAGUCCUAGGUGAGCCUUCAUACUACCACCAAAGAGGGUAUCCCUACUACACAAACAGUUACACUUAUUACACCAAUCCAUUCAGACAGUAUUACAAUUAUUACAACAGUCCAGCUUAUAAAUAUAGAAGUUGGGAUAAUUACAAUUACAAUUACAAAAGCUACAGUCGGCCGACGAGCUAUGAUGAUGAUACGGUUUAUGUUACUGAUAUGUAUGGAAACACCAGAGUGUCGUCGGCGAGGAGUUUGAGAGCCAUGGCCUACGUCUCGUCGUGUUCGAGCGGUACUUGCGGCCAAAACGCCCAAUGUUCCAUCAUCGGUGGUCGUCCUGUGUGUUCCUGUUUCAAGGGCUACCUCGGCGACCCCAUCACUUACUGCAAAAGGGCYGAAUGUCUCGACAAUUCCGAAUGUCGCGGCCACUUGACRUGUCGCAAYGGGCGUUGCAUCGACCCUUGCGACGGCACUUGUGGGGCAAACGCCCUUUGCACCGCCCGAAACCACCUCCCGGUAUGCACAUGUCCUCCAGGGUACACCGGAGACCCCUUCUCGCAUUGCCGACGUUUCGACCCCUCUGAAUUGUGCCACCCGAGUCCCUGUGGUGCCAACACUCAUUGCGAGGUGGUGAACGAAACGCCCACUUGCAAGUGUCUUCCAGGGUACCAUGGCUCACCCAUCAGUGGGUGUCGCCAUGAGUGCGACAGUGAUGGCGAAUGUGGGCCUGCGAUGGCUUGCAUCGAGUUUAAAUGUCAAAAUCCGUGUUCACAAUGUGGCAAAAAUGCCGAAUGUGAUGUCAGGAAUCACAGACCGGUUUGUAAAUGUCCGAAAAAUUAUUUCGGGAAUCCCCUGGUGUCCUGCCAGCCUGAGUGUUAUGGUGAUAGGGAUUGUCCGGCAGGACGGCCGGCUUGCUUCUAUGGGAUUUGCAAAAAUCCCUGUGAUGGUGUGUGUGGAGUGGGGGCCAAUUGCGAGUUGAGGGGAUUGACUCCCAUUUGUUCGUGUCCCAGGGAUAUGACAGGGGAUCCGUUUAUUCAUUGUAGACCGUUUGACAAACGGGACUUAUGUGAGCCGAAUCCUUGCGGAGACAACGCCCGUUGCGAGCCAGGCCACGACAGGACCGGCAAGGAGCGCCCCGUCUGCACCUGCCAUCCCGGCUACGUCGGCGACCCUCUGGUCUCCUGCCGACCCGGCGAGUGCACCGAGGACUCCCACUGUCCGGAUUCCAAAGCCUGCAUCGAUUACAAAUGCCAAAAUCCGUGCGUGGGGCAAUGUGGGGUCAACGCCAACUGCAAUCCUAGAAGGCACAUUGCUGUGUGCACCUGUGCCGAAGGGUUCAAUGGGGAUGCUUUGACUCAAUGUCAUAGGAUUCAAGGAGGGACUUAAACAAAUCACUGCCAAAUAACAUGUAAUUCUAUUUAACUCAAAAAUAAAUACUUUUAAUUAACAAAAA